AUGUCUCUUGGAAAUACUCUUGAAAAUGGAAAAGGAUAUCUUAUAUUAACAAAACCCAAUGCUGCUGAUCCGGGACCUCUUGCUUUUUCAGCGUUUGCUUUGACUACAUUUGUAUUAUCAAUUCAUUUGAUUGGUUCUUCAAAGCUUACAGCUCCGAAUAUUGUUCUUGGAGCUGCUUUAUUCUAUGGUGGAUUAAUUCAAAUUUUAGCCGGAAUGUGGUAUUUUUAUUAUGGAAAUACUUUUGGUGCUACGGUUACUGCAUCAUAUGGUGCUUUCUGGAUAUCUUAUGGAAUUAUCAAGAUUCCAGCAUUCGGUGUUGAAGCUGCUUACGAAACUAAAGAAAAUUUUGAAAAUGCAAUUGCUGUUUAUCUCGCUGCUUGGACAAUUUUUAUUGCUUCUCUCCGUACAACGGCAGCAAUAGUUAUUCUCCUUUUCUUUGCAUUUAUUCAAUUAUUACUUCUCACUAUCGGUAAUUUCAUUCAUUCGAAUGGUUCAACCCAUAAUGAUGUCAUUGUAGCCACCGGUUACGUUGGUAUCAUUACUGCAUUAAUUGCUUGGUAUAAUUCUCUUGCUGGUCUCCUGACCAAAGAAACUCAUUUCAUUUCUCUUCCAGUGUUGGAUUUAAGUCAUUAUAAUUUUAAACAUUAA